UUGGUAAACCCUCGUCUAGGCUGGGCGUAUAACGAAGUGGAACGCAGAUUUGAUUGGUUAUUGUGAGCGGGCUUCUUCAACCUGCACACAGCCCUGAAGGAUUUUGGUGCUAGCCAGCCAGCCAGCCAGCUGUUCUCCUACUAUGGCAUCUUUCGUGACAGAAGUCCUUGCUAGUUCUGGUAAACUUGAAAAAGAAGAUCUCAAUGGUAAAAUAAGCAAGCUGUCACGGAAAGUUGAAGAAACUAAGGAAGAGGUAUGUGACAUUAUUAACAAGAGGUACAAUGAGUUCCUACCUAGCAUGCAGGGGGCAGAGGCACUUAUGGGACAGGCCGAAGAGGUCUCUAAAGAAAUUGACAUCCUCAAAAGCUGCAUUGAGACAGAGGUGCAGAAUAAUCUACAUACAGCUGUGACUGAACAUGCCAAGCUGAAGCAGCAGCUGGAGAGAAACACUACUGUCAUUGCCAUGCUCAGGCACCUAGAAGAGUUUCACAUUGCAAUGGAGGAGUUUCACAAAGCCCUACUGGAGAAGAAUUAUGUCAUUUCGGCCAAGCAGUUAGAAAAGGCCCGGCACAGUGCAGACGCUCUGAAGGCGUGGAAAGGCUCUGAGCUGCCCCUGCUGAGAGCCCUCAGCUCAGAGCUCACUGUCCAGAGGGAGAACCUCAUCUACCAUCUGGGGGAUGAGUGGAAGAGACUGGCUGUCUGGAAACUGCCUCCUUCCAAAGAGUCGACGGGGAUGAAGUCGUUCCUGAAGAUGGAGCUCCAGCUGACCCUAGGUGGGACCAAGGAGCCCCAGCAGAGCCCUCCCCCUUUGCUUUCCUGUGUCCUCCAGGCCCUGGCCAUCCAAGGGGAACUUCAACACAAGAUCAAACUCUUCAGCCAGGUGCUGCUGAAGUACCUGCUGAAGCCCCUGAUCACGUACCCCUCUCUGAAUGUGGAGGUGUCGGAGCAGCAAGGCGAGGGCACCAUACUCUCUCUCCAGUGUGCCGAGACCCUCGAGGAGCACCCAAGUCCCUCGCAGGUCUACACCAAAGUCCUGGUUGUACUCAAGACCCUACACACACACCUGCUAGACGUAUCCGUUGCAGAUGUAUCAGUUGGCGAGAGAAAAGUGUCUGUCAUACUGGGAGACCUGGUAUGGCAGGAGAUGUCUCACUGCAUCAUCCAUGAGUGCCUCCUGCACUCCAUCCCAACCAAUAGCAGUCAGCUUGAACAGUACAGUGUGGUGAUCAAAGAGACUGAGGAGUUUGAGAAGUCCCUGAAGGAGAUGCAGUACCUCAGAGGAGAUGCCACCGAGCUGCUCAAAUACGCCCGGGACAUCAACUGCCACUUUGCCAGCAAGAAAUGCAAAGACGUGAUUGUGGCGGCACGCAAGCUGAUGACUUCUGAGAUGCACAACACCGUCAAAAUCACACCAGAUUCUAAGCUCUCGGUCCCCAAGCUGCCCAGCCCAGGCUCUGGAGACAACAAGGGCAAGCAGAAGGCCAAGAAGCUUGAGGCGCCCCAGUUGGAGAACGAGAAGCAGCUGGGUGCACUGACACUGUGCCUGCCUGUGUGUCGCAUCAGCGAGUCGGUGCAGCAGCUGAUGGAGCUGGCCCUGCACACGCUGUCCGAGGCCGUGGGCAGCUCUAGCCAAUGUGCUACCCAACUGUUCUUCACGGUGCGGAAUAUAUUCCAGCUGUUCUAUGAUGUUGUGCCUACAUACCAUAAAGGGAACCUACUCAAGUUCCCCAACCUGGCAGCCAUCCAGCACAACAACUGCAUGUACAUCGCCCACCACCUGCUCACCCUCGGCCACCAGUUCAGGCCACACCUGCCUGACCCCCUCAGCGAAGGCGCUGCCACCUUCGUGGACCUGGUGCCCGGCUUCAGGAAACUGGGCGCUCAGUGCUUCCUGGCCCAGCUGAAUGUCCAGAGAGCAGAGAUGCUGGAGCGUCUCUCCACUGCACGCAACUUCUCCAACCUGGAUGACGAGGAGAACUACUCCGCAGCCAGCAAGGCCGUCAGGCAGGUCAUCCAUCAGCUGAAGAGGCUGGGCACAGUCUGGCAAGACGUUCUACCAGUCAACAUAUACUGUAAAGCCAUGGGGACUCUACUCAACACUGCCAUCUCGGAGCUGAUUGCCAAAAUCAUGACGCUGGAGGACAUCUCCACUGAAGAUGGGGAGCACCUACACAUCCUCUGUCAGACUAUUAUCGAAGAAGGACCCCUGGUGUUCAUUCCUCUGCCUGAGGAGAGCAAGAACAAGAAGUACCAGGAGGAGGUAUCCGUGUACGUGACAAAGUGGAUCGCCUUCAAGGAGCUGGUCAUAGUGCUGCGAGCUAACCUGCAGGAGAUAGUCGACAGGUGGGCCGAGGGCAAAGGGCCUCUGGCACUGGAGUUCUGUAGUUCCGAGAUGAAGAGCCUGAUCCGAGCUUUGUUCCAGAACACUGAGAGGCGGGCGGUGGCUCUCAGCAAAAUCAAAGACUCUUGAUUCCAACAGAUGACCCGAAUAUGCGCAGCACUUUCCUUCACAGCAAAAAGUGUUCGUUAAUAUCUUAAUGCCUAGUUGUGAACUUAAAUGCAAUAUAUGCCAUUGUAUACGAUAACUGUGGCAUAUAAAUUGCAAUAACGCUUAUACUUUCAGCAAAGCCAUUAAUGCAAUGAGGACAAGCUCUACCACAUUACUGCAAAAGGCUAGGGCUAUUGCCUUUCAUGAAACUGUUUUCUUUCUCCAAUAUUUCAUAAAGUUAUUUGUACCUGAAACUGCAUUCUGAAUGAGCACUAUGUGAACUGAAAAGAUCAGAUGGGACAUUUCUACAUGUCUCUUCAACCAUGAUAAUCCAAAUGUUUACUAUUUAUGUUUCUAGCUUGGAAUUAUUUUGUAGUGUACUUAGAAAUUACAUUAUGAGGUAAUAAUGCAGGAAUAUGGUUGAAGUGCUGGUAGCUACAUGGAGCAACCGGUACAUCUAUCAGUUAAUGUAUAUUUUAGUUAUGCGAGAAGUUAUACUUUCCUAUCAAAUUCAACAAACUAGGGUAGUAUUCAUUAUGCCGAUUAAGUUGAAACACUUUUUGUCUGUUGCAAAAAUGUUGCAACAAAUAAUAAACUCAACGCUCAUCAGCGUGACAAACUGUUGUGGAAGUUGUAGUAAAUUUACAUUUGAUGGUUUCUACUUAUUGUAAUUACAAUCCAAAUAGUAUCUAUAAAUUAUUGAUUAUUCCAUGCUCUGAA